UCUCUCUCUCUCUCAUUUCCCUGCUGCAACACACUCACUCUUUCUCUCUUCUCUCUCUCUGAAAAAAGCCCUAAUUUCUCACUUCCGCCCACUCUCCGAUCCCGCCAUGACCGCUGCUCCGCCGCCGGUCCCCGGCCGAGAGCUCUCCAACCCUCCUUCCGACGGCAUCUCCAACCUCCGCUUCUCCAAUCACAGCGAUCACCUCCUCGUCUCCUCCUGGGACAAGAGCGUUCGAUUGUACGACGCGAGUGCCAAUGUGCUGCGAGGCGAGUUUAUGCACGGCGGUCCCGUGCUUGACUGCUGCUUCCAUGACGAUUCCUCGGGGUUUAGCGCUGGCGGCGAUAAUACUGUGCGACGGCUUGUUUUCAACUACAAUAAAGAGGAUAUUCUCGGACGCCAUGAUGCACCUGUACGGUGUGUUGAGUACUCUUACGCAGCAGGUCAGUUGAUCACAGGUAGUUGGGACAAAACACUCAAGUGUUGGGACCCCAGAGGAGCAAGUGGGCAGGAGCGCACUCUUGUUGGGACAUAUCCGCAACCUGAGCGAGUAUACUCCCUUUCUCUUGUUGGAAACCGCUUGGUUGUAGCAACUGCAGGAAGACAUGUGAAUGUCUACGAUUUGCGAAAUAUGUCCCAACCUGAGCAACGAAGGGAAUCCUCCUUGAAAUAUCAAACUCGCUGUGUCCGUUGUUAUCCUAAUGGGACGGGAUAUGCUCUCAGUUCUGUUGAAGGACGGGUUGCCAUGGAAUUUUUUGAUCUUUCAGAGGCCAGCCAAGCCAAAAAAUAUGCAUUCAAGUGCCAUAGAAAAUCAGAGGCCGGAAGGGACAUCGUCUAUCCAGUAAAUGCCAUUGCAUUCCACCCAGUCUACGGUACAUUUGCAACCGGAGGUUGUGAUGGUUUUGUGAAUGUGUGGGAUGGCAACAACAAGAAGAGAUUGUAUCAGUACUCAAAAUACCCAACAAGUAUUGCGGCACUUUCUUUUAGCAGAGAUGGCCGUCUCUUGGCUGUAGCUUCAAGUUACACGUUUGAGGAGGGUGAAAAACCCCAUGAACCGGAUGCCAUCUUUGUGCGCGGUGUAAAUGAGAUAGAGGUCAAGCCAAAGCCAAAAGUGCUACCUUCGUGAAUCACAUAACUCUGAAAUUCCGUUUUUUGUUGGACAUAAUAUAUAAAAUCAUCCGUAGUAGUCUGCGAUGCUCUGAUGUCUGUAAGGAAGUGUGUCCUUGAUAUGUAUUGUACUCUCAAGUCUUAGUUGAAGUGAUCAGACAGUAGAAUGACACACCCUUUUAAUUUAUAUAUAUAAAUUUU